CGCACGCAUGCGCAGUUGUACUUACGCGUUGACUUUACUUUCACUUUUUUUUUGAACACUUUGUUUGGAUCCAUUUACCAUCAACGACAGCAUAAAUAGACAACAAAUAUCUCCAAAGACAAGCACGACAGAUCGGGAAAGCUGACGGUUUUGUUACUUUAAGUCUCGGUCGUGAACAGUGACGAAAAAAGGACGGUCAUUCAUAGUUUGCUAACUCGGGAGGCUAAUAACUUAUUCAGGGCUAAAAUGUUGUGACGCGAAUAAUUUAUGGCACAGCAAAACUGACGCCUGAAAUAGGUGACAAUGGAGCGGGCUUCCAUCAAGCAGAACCAGUUGUGUGGCCCAUGGGAGAUGAAGCAGAGGCUUGGGAUGGGAGGUUUUGGGCAUGUCUACCUAUACCAGAAUCAUAAGUCGGGGGAGAAGUUAGCUGUGAAACUCUGUCGCCUCGAACUGAGCUUCAAGAACAAGGAACGCUGGGGAAGAGAGAUCCAGAUCAUGAAGAAGUUGAACCACGUGAAUGUUGUUCAGGCCAGUGAUGUUCCAGAAGAAUUGAGCUUGAUUGCGCUGAAUGACCUACCGCUGCUAGCCAUGGAGUACUGUUCUGGAGGAGACCUACGCAAAGUUCUCAGUAAACCAGAAAAUUGUUGUGGGUUGAAGGAGAGUGAAGUGCUCUCCCUACUCCGUGACAUCGGAUGCGGUAUUGAGUACCUUCAUGAAAAUAAGAUUAUACACAGAGACCUCAAGCCUGAGAAUAUAGUUCUGCAAGAGAUUAAUGGGAAGCUUGUCCAUAAAAUUAUAGAUCUUGGUUAUGCAAAAGAUCUCGACCAAGGCAGUGUCUGUACGUCCUUCGUCGGAACCCUCCAGUAUCUCGCUCCGGAGCUGUUUGAAAGUAAACCUUACACGGUAACUGUGGACUACUGGAGUUUUGGAACAGUAAUAUUUGAAUGCACGUGUGGUUUUCGCCCGUUUUUACACCAUAUGCAGCCCGUACAGUGGACAAGUCAGGUUAAGAAUAAAGGUGCUAAGGACAUCAUGGCGGUGGAGGACAUGAAUGGAGAAGUUCGAUUUUCAACCCAUCUUCCAUAUCCCAACAAUCUCAGCAGGCCGUUGUUAGCGCCAGUGGAGAAUUUGCUGCAGAUGUUGUUACUGUGGGACCCGGCAGCCCGUGGCGGGGGGUUGGAUCCUGUUACGAAAAAGGCAAACUGUUACAAGGCUCUCCAGAACAUCCUCAACAUGAAGGUGAUCCAUGUGUUAGAUAUGACGUCAGCCCAGAUGCACUCUUUGAUCCUGGAGGCCGAAGAGAGCUUACACUCCUUGCAGCUUCGUCUGGAGACGUACACACAGACGCAUAUCUCUCCCCUAAAUCAAGAAUUGCUGUUAGAGACGGGAAUCUCCCUGGACCCACGUAGACUUCCUGCACAUUGUUUACCGGAUGGUUUGAGAGGCUGGGACACCUUCAUCGUCUUCCUGUUUGAUAAGAGCCUAUCCAAGUACUCAGGACCGCUCACUGCCAGACCCUUGCCUGAGAGUGUCAACUUUAUAGUCAGAGAGACAAAGACGCAGCUCCCACUGACCACAUUGAGGAAGGUAUGGGGAGAAGCAGUCAGCUACAUUUGUGGACUAAAAGAGGACUACACCCGCCUGUACCAGGGACAAAGGGCUGCUAUGUUGAGUCUGCUGCGUUAUAACACCAACUUAACCCGCUACAAGAACCUGCUCUUCUCCCAGUCACAGCAGCUGCAAGCCAAGCUGGCUUUUUUUAAAACCAGCAUCCAGCAUGACUUGGAGCAAUACGCCAAGCAGAGACACACAGGCAUCUCUUCAGAGAAGAUGCUUAGGACGUGGCAUGAAAAUGAAGCAAAGGCCGAUGGCUUUUCAAAGGUUGCUGAUGUUGGAUAUCUAGAUGAAGAGAUAGUUGCGCUUCAUUCUGAAAUUGUGGAAUUGCAGCGGAGUCCAUUUUUGAGGAGACAAGGAGACUCGAUGGAACAACUCGAGGGUAAAGCUAUUGAACUCUACAAGCAACUAAAAGCUAAAUGCAAAAGCCCCGACCUACCACAUGGUUACAGUGACAGCUCGGGCAUGGUGAAGGCCAUCCUGCAAAUGGUUCAGAACCAAGACCGAGUGCUGAAAGACUUGUACACUCACCUCAGUACAAUUCUGGUAUGUAAGCAACGCAUCGUUGAUUUGUUCCCAAAGUUGGAGAAGGCAGUUGAGAGCAUAAAAACGGCAGAGGUAGCCGUAAUGCAAAUGCAAACAAAGCGCCAGAAAGAGUUCUGGUACCUUCUGAAGAUUGCCUGUGAGUCAAAUAUUAAGUCGAGAGUAUUCAAAUAUUCAGUUGCCGUGAUAUACUUAUUUGAAACCUUGUGUUUGUGUCUUAAGGCCCAAAACGAUUCACAGAUUUGUGUUCAGCCAUCCACUGAUGGAGAAACUGUUUCUCAAUUAUUGGAUGACAACUGCCAUUAUCUAAAUAAGCUCACUUCUUUGCUGCAAGAUGUCAGCCUUGAGAGAGAGCAAAGCAUGAUGGAUCAAGACUGGAGUUGGAUCCCUAAUGAUGCAGCAAAACCCAACCAAAGGUCUUUGACCGACCAAUCAGGAACACAAUGAAUCAAAGAUACGUUAGUGAUGCAAUACAACAUGUAUGCUGCCUAGACGGUUUAUGAUGUAGUGGACAGGCUUUAUGUUAAAGCCUGUUAGCCAUGAUAUAAGCUACACAGUGGUUUUGUUCGUUUUGUGUUACAAUGUAAAGCAAAAUGUAUUUAUUUCACGAGUGAAACUGAGCAAAGUGAAAUGUGCGCCAUGCAUAUUCCUCACUCGCUCAAGGAGUAAAAUUAAUAAUUUUGCAAAUUAAACAAUAAUUGUAGUUAAAGUAUCAUUUUAAGCAAAUCAUCCAAACAUUAUCUAAGAGUUAACCAUAACUUAUUCUGCAGGUGUUGUGGUAAACUCUAACUGAAACUGUCCAAGAGGUAUUCAUUAAAGGGAGUGAGUUUGUUGUCCUGAACCUUUCUAAGAGUAAUAUUUUGAUUACCACCUUUUGCUCCAAGAGAGGCAAUGCAGACAGCACUUACAAGCACUUACAGUUCAAUUCUAUAACAAUAAACUGUAAAUGACUUCAC